AUGGCUCUCGGAAAGCGUCCUUCGAUUCGCCUUCCUCCAGAGGUAAAUCGAAUUCUACUCGUAAAAAAUCUCCCUUACAACAUAUCCGCAGAGGAUAUGUAUGACAUCUUUGGUAAAUACGGCGCAAUUCGUCAAAUUCGAGUUGGGAACACGCCAGAAACCAAAGGUACUGCAUUGGUAGUCUACGAGGACAUUUUCGAUGCGAAAAAUGCUUGUGAUCACCUCAGCGGUUUCAAUGUGUGCAAUCGGUACUUGGUUGUACUCUACUAUCAGAGAAACAAGCAAUUCAAGAAGGCCGACGUGGACAAGAAACGCGAGACCCUUGAUCACCUCAAGGCCAAAUACGGUCUGAAUACUCCGCGACCGAAGUGA